AUGUAUGAUUUAGGUCGUAUAUCUGUCAAUCAGUGGUGUGAUAUUGUUUCACGUGUUCUUGAUUUACAUUUACCAUGGCGAACACUUAAAUCCCGACUUGUUGAAUCAGAUUCUGACGGAUCAGUUUUAUAUGAAUCAACAUUUCGUUGCAAAGAAUUACGAUUCACAUUGAAUGCUCCAAUCAGUGAAAGACGAACAAGUCUUUGCCAAGCUAUUUAUCGAAAUAAGGAUUUACUUGAAACAGUCUUUCGAGCUAUUGAUAAAGAUAACUCAGGUGUUAUUUCAAUGAAAGAAUUUACUGAUGUAUGUACGUCGCUUGGUAAUCAUAAUGGAUCGAAAUUUGAUGAAAAACAAAUCAUGGAUUUAGCAGCUAGUAUUGAUCUCGAUAAAAACGGUGUUAUUGAUUUCAAUGAAUUUCUUGAAGCCUUUCGUAUCGUUGAUAUUGCUGAUCAUUCUGACGAUGAAAAUUAA